AUGAUACUGAGCCAAAUCUCUUACUUGGACUGUGUAGCUUUCCUCGUCUUUCUUGCGCCUCAAUUGCUGAUCCAGAUUGGCAUCAUACCACUCUUGACAUGGCUCAUCCCAGCUCUGCCUUCUCUCGCUCCUAAAGCCAUCGUAAUUCCAUAUCAGUUCAUCCGCGAACGCUUUCUCGUGCCACAUGAGAACCGCGCGCCCUUCGUCAGAAAAGCAACGCCAUUUCAAGAUCUAGUCAUCCGCUUUGUUCGUUAUGCUUUCGCCAACAUGCCCGCCUUUUUAGGGCGGGUGUUCUUUUCAAAGGCUGUCUCACUCCCCUUCUUAAGAUUUCGCAUGUUGAGACACGGCAUUGUCACAAGUCCGAUCAGAUGGACUGAGAUCAGAAGACCGAACUUCGGAGGGGUAUGGAUCGUGCACGACCGGCAAGAGCAGCCAGAUGUAAUCGUAUACUAUUGCCACGGUGGCGGCUUUUCCAUGGGCAGCAGUUUUUUCUACAUGGAGUUUCUGCUAGCGUGGGUCACUUUGCUAAAGUCUGCCGGGUAUCGCAACCCAGCUAUCUUCGCUCUGGAAUACACCUUGGUACCGGAUGCCACAUAUCCCACCCAGCUCCACGAGACGGUCGCAGGUUACGAAUAUGUUCUAUCACUGGCUCAGUCUUCGACUCGCGUAGUUGUUGGCGGAGAUUCUGCAGGUGCAACCCUCAUCCUGAGUUUCUUACUACAUUUAUCCGACCAUACCGAAUUGCGUCAUCAGAAACCGGGUCUUGCCAUCAUGAUCAGCCCAUGGGUGACGAUAGUAUCGCGCGAAAACCGGAACACGGCGUCUGACUAUCUGAACAGCUCAUCUUUAGAGCUGUACGGUCGCCAGUACAUUGGCAACAAAGUAUCACCAGAGGAUUCAAUGGUUUCGCCUGGAAAGUGUAAAGAUGUUAAAAAAUGGACGGAAGCUAGCCCCGAACAAGGCUGGUACUUUCUCUAUGGAAGCGAAGAAGUUCUCGGACCAGAGACCAGGAACUUGAUCCGUCAACUCGGUAAAACAGGAAAGGAAGUUGAUAGCUGGGAAGAGCCAGGUGGCAUCCACGCAUGGCCUGUUGCCAGCUUAUAUCUUGGGGAAACAAGAGAAGAGAGACUGAGUGGUCUAAAGAGCAUCGUGGAAGCUAUCAAGGAUAGAAUACAUUGAUGGUAUGGGUACACCAGACCAAUGUACUUGAACCUUUAUCUGUGGUAGCAUCGUGAAGGUAAUUCGAAUCCAAGCUCCAUUGCAGCGCGCUGCAGUCUUUCGAUCCUGUUCAUUUCUUCCAUAUCCCACAAGCGGUUUACUGAGCGCGUGUCGGUGUUCUGUUUUCUCAACGCAGCUUCCGAAAGAGGAACCGUCUUAGUGAGGCUGUCAAGGUUAUCAGACAAUGUAUAAUGAUGGGCUAGAAUGUCUAACAUGGUAGAUGACGACGCCAUCUGACGAGCAUUAGUUGACACAUUUGUCUUAGUUACGCCCGUAUUCUGGCCAGUCAUUUCUGGACCGAGUUUUGAAGUCGGAUUGGGUGGUGAAAAAUCUCUGGGUUGGCUAUAUAGGUAUGUAGGUUUCGAUUCGCAGAAGCUGGA